AUGAAGGCCUCCCUUGCUCUCGUCUCCGUCUUCACGGCCAUCCUCAACACUGUUUCCGCCGACGGCGUCGUGGGAACUGCCGAGGGCUUCGCCUCCGAAGUCACCGGCGGCGGCACUGCCACUCCCGUGUACCCGACCACGACCGACGAGCUUGUCUCGUACCUAGCCGGCGACGAGGCGCGCGUCAUUGUGCUCCAGCAGGAGUUCGACUUCACCGGUACCGAGGGCACUCUCACGGAAACGGGCUGUGCUCCUUGGGGCACCGGAAGCGCGUGCCAGCUGGCCAUCAACCAGAACGGCUGGUGUGAUAACUACCAGGCAUCGGCUUCCAAGGUCAGCGUCACGUAUGACGCGGCUGCCACCAUUGGAAUUACCGUCGGCAGCAACAAGUCGAUUGUCGGCAAGGGUACCUCUGGUGUUAUCCGGGGCAAGGGUCUGCGCAUCGUCGGCGCCCAGAACGUCAUUAUCCAGAACAUCCAAAUCACUGAGCUCAACCCUAGCCUCGUCUGGGGCGGUGAUGGCAUCACUCUCGACUCGUCCGACCUCGUCUGGAUCGACCAUGUUACCACUUCUCUGAUCGGCCGCCAGCACAUUGUCCUCGGAACUGAUGCCGACAACCGCGUCACCAUCUCCAACUGCAAGAUUGACGGCACUACUGAGUGGUCGCCUAACUGUGAUUCGUACGCCUACUGGGGACUGUACUUUGGUGGUUCUAGCGAUAAAAUCACCCUGAAGAACAACUACAUCUACCACACCUCCGGCCGAAGCCCCAAGGUCACCGGAACCACCCUCUUGCACGCCGUCAACAACUACUUCAGCGACAUCAACGGUCACGCUUUCGAGAUCGACUCUAGCACCCAGGUUCUCGCCGAGGGUAACCUGUUUGAGAGCGUUGACACCAUCGUCGAUGGCCAGGAGGGCCAGGUCCUCGUCCCUGACACCGACGGCUCUGCCUGCUCCAGCGCCCUCAGCCGCGAGUGCCAGGCCAACGGCUACACCAGCUCUGGUACUUGGAGCGGUUCCGACUCGAGCUUCCUCUCUGGCUUCUCUGGCUACAACAUUGCUUCUGCUGAGGCAUACAGCUCUGUUAGCGGUCUGGCCAGCAGCGCUGGUAACACUAUCUAA